UGCUUCACAUAAUUUUUGUUUACACCUUGUGCAUAUAUCAAUGAAUAAUGGAUCAAUACUUUGAAAGUUACGAAGAACUUGACAUUCAUCAAUUAAUGCUGAAUGACAAAAUACGUGUCUUAGCAUAUAAAACUGCCAUUUGUAAUUCCAAAGAGAAAUUUCAAAACAAAGUAGUAAUGGAUAUCGGUGCUGGCUCAGGUAUAUUAUCAAUUUUUUGUGCACAAAUUGGUGCAAAGAAAGUUUACGCGGUGGAAGCAAGUAUGCUGGCAAACAGUAUCGAGCAAGUGUCAAUUGAAAAUAAUAUGCAGGACAAAGUUAAAGUAAUUCACAGUAAAGUAGAGGACAUCUCUCCAGACAGUUUGGAGAAAGUAGACGUAAUUGUGUCGGAAUGGAUGGGUUUUUAUUUGGUACACGAAGGAAUGUUAGAUUCUGUAUUAUUCGCUAGGGAUAACUUAUUACACGAGGAUGGUCUGUUAUUCCCAUCCAUUGCAAAAUUAUAUGCUUCGCCAUGUCAAUUACCUUCUAUGUACGAUUUUUGGAAUAACGUAUGCGGAGUCAGUAUGAGGUGUAUUGGAAAGGAGUAUAGAAAAACUAAAUCCUUAAAGCCAGAAAUUCUGCUUGUAAAUCAAGAUGAUAUUUUGGCGGAAGGUAAAUUGCUUGCAUGGCUGGAUUUGAGGUGCAUCUCUGUGGAAGAGAUAGAUCUACUAGGUGGGCAGGACUAUGUAUCGGUAUGCAAAAAGGAUGGGAAGUUCCAAGGGAUGUGCAUUUGGUUUGCAGUCGAAUUUCCAGAUGGUUCGGAACUGUCUACGGGGCCUCAUGACGAAACGACGCAUUGGAAGCAAACUGCAGUGGUCUUGCCCGAAGAUAUGGAAGUGACAAGGAACGAACCUAUUGCUUUCAAAUUCGAAUUGAAAAGAGACGCGUCACAUCCAAGGCGUUAUAAUAUGGAAUUGAGUUUGUUGGAUGCAGAGGAAGUGGAACAUGACAUUCCCUGCGAUUGUCACAUGACGAAAUGUAUAGUGACCAAAAAGUACAUUGAUGACUUGGAUGAAAGUGAAUCAGACGCAGCAGAAAGUGAUUUGUACAUUCCAAUAUGA